AAUCAUAUUUCUGUGCUUUUGCAGUAUGAUGAACGCAUUAUCCGAAGGGCUUUCCUUGGCAAGCUCAAGUGGAUUGAGUCGGCAGACAUUUCUUGAUAUAUUGGACCUUGGUGCCAUUGCUAAUCCAAUGUUUAAGCUAAAGGGGGCUGCCAUGAUCCAAGGCAGCUAUCCUCCUGCCUUUCCUCUCAAGCACCAACAGAAGGAUAUGAGGCUAGCUCUUGCUCUCGGUGAUGAAAAUGCUGUUUCUAUGCCUGUUGCUGCUGCUGCUAAUGAGGCCUUUAAGAGGGCCAGGAAUGUUGGCCUUGGGGAUCUUGAUUUCUCAGCAGUGUAUGAGAUUGUGAAAGCGACGGGGAGUUCAGGUAAUGCCAAUUGAUUUCUAAGCAAAUUACUAUUGAGUUAUUUUACAUAUCAGUCAUCCAUCCAAACUAUUGAAUACCAUCCAAAUUAUAAAAAUAUCCUUUAUAGUGAGUAAAAGAGUGUGGCUGAAAUGAAAAUGUGGUUAAAAUGUUAUAUUCAAUAUUUUAGGUGAUUGACAUGUAAAAAUCUCGUAAUUGAAUGGUAUCAUUUUUUAGGGCUUUCCUUUGAUCUUUUCUUUUUCCUAUGAUGCAAUUGAAAUACAUGUUGUCAUCAAACCAUUGUUGUUAUUAUCAAAGUGUUUUUUUGGAAUAUAAA